UGGAGGCCCACGAGCAAGGACACUUGGCCCACCUUGCUGCACCAUCUGCCCUCCAGGCUGCCAGGCGGGAUGUGGAGCAGGACUUUGGAGAAGCAGUCAUGGAGGGACAGCAGGCAGAGCCCUUCUCCGUGUCUUAUCCACAGACUUGACCACAUUGUGAUGACAGUAAGGAGCAUCAAAAACACCACUAUGUUUUAUUCCAAGAUCCUGGGCAUGGAGGUCAUGACUUUCAAGGGGGACCGGAAAGCAUUGUGUUUUGGAGACCAGAAAUUUAACCUCCACGAAGUGGGAAAGGAAUUUGAACCCAAAGCCGCUCACCCAGUCCCCGGAUCCCUGGAUAUAUGUCUGAUCACAGAGGUGCCUUUGGAGGAAAUGGUCCAGCAUCUCAAGGCUUGUGAUGUCCCCAUUGAGGAGGGUCCAGUCCCCAGAACAGGGGCAAAGGGGCCCAUGAUGUCCAUCUACUUCCGAGACCCUGACAGAAACCUGAUUGAGGUGUCCAACUAUAUCUCCUCGUGAUGGAGGCUGGCUCUCCUCCACUCUGUCCCCUGCGAUGUCGCCCUCUCCCUUCCUUCCUGCAAACCCUCACCCAGGCCCAGCCUUCAAGGACUGAGGACUUGGGCACUGCACACAUCCUGCUGGGGGAUCUGAGGUGGGUUUGGGACCAACAAGUCUGAAUGUCCUCCAUCCAGUAAAUUGAUAACCUUUCAA